CGUUAUACAAUUUUCGAUUGUUUUUAUUUUUUUAGUUAUAAAUUAAUAAUUUAUUGUAAUGGUCAUAAGUGAAGAUUAUUUGAAAAAUAAAUUAACUGAUAAACUCGACGCUUCAUAUGUGAAAAUACAACAUUUUUCAUGAACACUGGUUUUUCCUAUUGUAGUAUCAUGAGUCACAGUCGCUUAUUGUCUGUAUACUACGAACAAAUAUUCAACGACUACUAUGUUUUUUUGAUCGCUGUACUAUUUCGUUGGUUUGUCAGUUUGCAUGAAUAUUCCGGACAAUCGAACCCUCCAAUGUAUGGAGAUUAUGAAGCCCAACGGCAUUGGAUGGAAAUAACUGCGUCAUUGCCGAUCAAGCAAUGGUACUUCAACUCAUCGGAUAAUGACUUGUUGUAUUGGGGUCUUGAUUACCCGCCAUUGACUGCAUAUCACAGUUACGUUAAUGGAUUGGUUUUAAAAAAAACACUUCCAGAAUCUGUCGAGUUGAAUACAUCUAGAGGCUUUGAAUCUAAAAACCACAAGCUAUUAAUGAGAUAUUCCGUUCUCAUUGUCGAUAUUCUUGUGUAUAUUCCGGCUGUCUAUUGUUUUUUCCAUCAAAUAUUCAAAAUCAAGUCAGAUAAGCAAAUUGAUCGGACCAUGACAGUUAUGCUGACUUUAUUAUAUCCAGGACUCAUAUUGAUAGAUUAUGGGCAUUUUCAGUAUAACUGUGUUUCACUUGGAUUAUUCAUAGCAAGUGUUACCAGCUUGUAUGCUAACAAAAGUGUUCUUAGUUGUAUUUUUUUCAGUUUAGCUUUUAAUUAUAAACAAAUGGAAUUGUAUCAUGCUUUGCCAUUCUUUUUUUAUUACAUCGGAAUAGUUUUUGAAACUUAUAGAAAACAUAAAUUCAUAGUUGCUUUAAAAAGUUUAAUCGUUCUUGUUCUUAGCGUAACAUUAUCAUUUAUUGUAAUAUGGGCUCCUUUUUUAACCGAUACCAAACAGUUCUUUCAAGUUGUACAUAGAAUUUUUCCAUUAGAGCGAGGGGUUUUUGAGGAUAAAGUAUCAAACGUAUGGUGCCUCGUAAAUGUGAUAUAUAAACUAAAAACUAUUAACAACCAACAGAUGGCUGCUGUAUGUUUGUUGACUACAAUAAUUUCGGUGUUACCAUCUUGUACAGAUCUUCUCAGAAACCCUAGUAAAAGUAAAUUUUCACUUUCUUUAAUUAAUUGUUCUUUGUCGUUUUUUUUGUUUUCCUUUCAAGUGCACGAAAAGAGUAUCCUUCUUGUUGCUGUACCAGUUUUAUUAUAUGCUGCUCAAAAUACCUUUAUGUGCACUUGGCUUUUAACUAUCACAUCAUUUAGUAUGCUGCCGCUAUUUUUAAAAGACAAUUUAUUAAUUCCAUUUAUUUCUUUAUCCGUAAUUUAUUUUAUAAUUUACAGAAAUAUUGAAAAAACUAUUCCAUCUAAACAUAGUGAAUUAGAAUCUAAGUUUAAUUUGUUACGUAAUUUGUCUAUAAUUGGAUGUCUUGUGUUGGUUAUAUGUUGUGUAAUUAUAGAACCACCUCAGAAAUAUCCAUAUUUAUGGCCUUUACUUAUUUCUGCUUAUAGUUGUAUACAUUUCAUUUUUUUCUGGUUGUAUUUUAAUUAUUAUCAGUUAAUGUUGCAUAUUUCUAAGAAAAAAUUAUACUAAAACUACUAUAAAAAAAAACUUUUUUAAAACUUUUACUAAGUCAAUUUUUUCACUAAGUCAAGUUAAUAUUCUUAUUAUACUAUUUAAAAUAAUCUAUUAUUGAUACAUUUUAUUAUUAUUUUUAUUGACU